AUGGCUGAUCGGCUCUCUAGCGCAGAAGACGAGAUUACUAGAGCAAGUGCGAUCGCUUCACUACCAGAGGAUGAAGUGGAGGAAGAGCAGAACGAGGCUGCAGAGGAUUCUACCCCGCUCGCUUUGGAGUCAGGCAACAAUGUUGCAGUUCCUGUCAGUGGUGACAGCGGUAGCAGCGCACAUGACACGACCGCUAGCACUCCUCCAAGUGUAGAGGAGAAGAGUCAAUACGGCCUCCAAGUGCUGAAGCGUAUUGAGGAAAAGUUGUCAGGCACCGUGACGGAAAUGGCCCAGGCUCCCCCAGUGCUGACUGUCGAGCAACAAGCGUCGUGGCUUAUCGACGAGGCCACGAAAACAGACAACCUGUGUGUCAUGUACGAAGGCUGGACGCCGUGGAUUUAG